AUGAAAAACGGUGAGUUGAUUGGGCUAAAAAUUCAAAAAAAAAAUUACACAGCUAAAUUUUUUCUGUUACCGCCGAUACGGUAUGCAGCGGUGUUUGCAGACAAAAGAGGGGGAAGUGUUUUAUUCAUUUUUUUUUCUUUUUUAGCUCAGAUUUUAUUUAGCUGUGAUAUACUUAUAAUUAAACUAAUUCUAAUUUCAGUAAAAAUUAACAUCGGAAUCAAAAAAGAUGCUAACCAAUCGAAAAAAUCAAAGAAGAUCGACAAGUCGAAAGGUCGUUCGAAAAAGGAGAAAAAAGCGAUGAAAAUGGAGGGAUCGAAGAAAGGCGAGCUAUCGAAAAAUCCAUCGAAAGUGAAAUUGAGUGAGAAGGAGGUUUUGAAGAAAAGUGAGUUUAUUGUUACACGUUCCAGCACUAGAAAAUAUGCAAAUUUCAGCUCCUUCAAAACCUUUGAUUGUGAAAGGAGAAGGAAACUAUCAAUAA